UCUCACUUCAUCACCAAGCCCAACCCCCUCUCUCUCAUGGCGGCUAAUAACCCAAUUCUGCCGGCACUAGGAGAUUACGUCAUUGCCCCGGGUAUGGUAGUGGCGGGAACCGCGGUCGGAGAAAUUCCCAAUAAUGCCAUACCAAAUGACGAUCAAAUCAACAUAGAGGCUCAUCGGAGGCGUGAAUUAGAGCGUUCAAGUCUACACGUUCCUGGGUUUAAUGGUACCGAUGCUGCAGCAGCUGAAAUCAGAUACCACACCGUACUCUCAAGGAGGAGUAACUCCGUGGCACCUGUUCAUACCCUGGUGUUGGAAAUGUUCCAGGACGUGCAAAAUGAGCAAAUCCAGAAUCACGCAGAUCUUACCGGCCUUGUUAACCAAAGUCAGACUCAUUUGGAAGGUCAAUUUCUGAACCUUCAGACACAGGUUAAUGCCCUUCCAAACAAUCUCCAGGGUCAAAUCGAGCUUCAUGUCCUGGCCUCCAGAAUGAGUUAAUAAUCCUCCCGCCGGCCGGUCUCUUGCCAGCCCAUUAUCAAGAGAUGGAACAAAUUGCCGCAAAUGACAAUGUUCUGGCCUCUAGAGAUCGUCUCAAGGCUAUUUAUUGGUCGGGAUGAUUGUCUCCACUGGUUUAGGUUCAGCCCCUGAACAGCAGGUGGGUUCUCAAAAGGAUGCCCGACAACAAAUUGUAGUGAAGCAUGGGGUUGGCCGAUUUGGUUUGCCGAUUCCUCAGUCUGGCUGUUUGAGCUCUCAUGGAUGAUUCCAUGAUCCGGCGAACCUGAGCGGCGAACCUGAGCGACCUCCUGCUCAAGUUGUGCAUAUCGUGCUUCUUGAGUCUGAAGUCGGCCUUGGAGUCGGUUUAGCUCGGGGACCCAGCAGUGCAUCACGGUGCUGCCGUCGUGCAGAUCCAUCUUCACGGGAUGGAAAGCUGUACCUUCCUAUUUGAAGGAGUGAAAGUGCCUACAUCAAAAGAUAAAGCAAAACACACAAAAUUCCAUCAAGAAUGGAAAAAAAGGAUUUUUCUAGCUUCCAUUGUUCUACCUAUGAUUUUUGGCCUUGCCAAAAGCAUAGAAUUCACCAAGAAAGACUUAUCCUCGGACGAGACCCUGUGGAAUCUGUACGAAAGAUGGAGAAGCCAUCACACGGUUAAAGAAAAAGGCUCGUUUCAACGUAGUUGGGCAUUUUCAACCGUGGUUGGAGUUGAGGGUAUCAAUAAGAUCAAAACCGGUAAGUUAAUGUCUCUAUCAGAGCAAGAACUUGUCGACUGUGGGAAGUAUAACAAGGGUUGCAAUGGAGGGCUUGUGGAGAAUGCAUACGAGUUCAUCAAGAAAGAAGGCGGCAUCACAACCGAGACUUUAUAUCCAUACAAAGCCCGAGAUGUGAACUGUGAUUCAGCAAAGGUAGUAUACUGA